UCUAUGGAUGACGAGCGAGGGCGAAGAUACGCAUAACGGCUGUGUGCAAUCGGAGGUGCAACAGAGUUUUUUGGAUCGAACUGAUUUCUGAUUCGUAGAAAAAAGCACGAUUGUUUAAGAGAAGUAUGAUAGCAGCGGAGAACGUACGUUCGAAUAUCUCCGCUCAAGUAUUUUUGCAUUUCACCAGAAAAUCGUAGAGGAAGGCACCUUUGCGAGGUCAUUGUACUUUUCUAAAUCUCUCGACGAUGCAUAUAACACGUUCCUCCACCGGUGAUGCCGAUCGCUUUCCUCGUUCAGCGAUCGAUCUCAAACUCGUGUUACAAUAUUUCAGUCGUAGAUGAAACUUCGCGAAUCGCGCGAUUUCUAACAUUCAAUCAGGACGAGUGUCCGUAGUUUAUGGGACUAUAUCAGCUACGUAAUUAUUUUUCUCUCUCGGUGUUUCUCCGGAGAUCCGGAGGUGAACCGGUGCAUUAGUUUUGACGUGAAGGUGAGAUAAACUAGAGCCUUAGGAUGAUAAUGGGCGAUCAGUUUCGCAAGGUGGAGCAGUACUCACCAAAAUCUUCGCCGAGGGGCGCACGUUCCCCGGUUGUAUCUCGUCAAGAUUCCACGGGAACAUUGAAGACAACUAUUUCCUUGGGAAAGAACCCUUCCAUCGUACACAGUGGGCCUUUUUACUUGAUGAAAGAACCUCCAGGGGAAAGUGAACUUACUGGAGCAACAAAUUUAAUGGGCUAUUAUGGUCUGGAACAUUCCUAUACCAAGUUUAGUGGCAAAAAACCUAAAGAGCAAUUAUCAUCUUUUUUGCCAAAUUUACCUGGUAUUAUAGACAAACCUGGACAUCAUGAUAAUAGCUCAUUAAGAUCAGUGAUUGAGAAACCUCCAAUAGGCGGUAAGGAAUUAUUACCUUUAACGAGUGUGCAGCUUGCUGGUUUUCGAUUGCAUCCUGGUCCAUUACCAGAACAAUAUAGAUAUGUUAAUCAAGCUCCUCAGAGAAAACACAAGAACAAGCAUAAAAAACAUAAACAUAAACCCGGGGAGGUGCUCAGCGGACAAGAGGUUGCGACGACGGAUGUAGGCGGUUCCGAUACGCACGAGAAGAAACAUAAGAAACAAAAAAGACACGAUGAAGAGAAGGAGGCUAGGAAAAAGCGAAAGAAGGAGAAAAAAAGGAAAAAACAGAAACACAGCCCCGAGCAUACCGGUAGCCUCACACCAUCUCAGCAUUCCAAUUCGUGAUCUCUAAUGUGCCCUUUUCAGUUCAUGCCAAAUCUUUAAUUGAACUCUUGAAGCAUAUGCUUGAAUUGUCUAUGUGACUAAAGCAUAU